AUGAAUCUGACAGUGCUUGUUAAGAGGAUUCUUAAGCAGGAGAGGCGUAUUAAGGUGAUUAUUCUUGGUCUAGACAAUGCUGGGAAGACUACUCUUUUGCGUGCUUAUCUGGGAGAAGAGAUUUCACAUAUUUCGCCGACUUUUGGCUAUCAAAUUAUCACGAAACAUGUUAAAAUUAAGGGUGAAGAGUGUAUUUUAGAGAUCUUAGAUAUGGGCGGACAAAGUUCAAUUCGGGCGUAUUGGGAUACGUACUAUGCAGGGGCUGAUGGUGUGAUUUUUGUUUAUGAUAAUGGGGGAAGUACGGAUUAUAUGGCUGUUUUAGAGGCUACAGUAAGUCAUCCAACCUUAGCUAAUAGUUCGUUUAUUUGUGCAGCUAAUAAAUCGGAUUUAGUUGGGGAAGAGUUAGAUAAGACAGUGGAUGUAUCUGUUUUUCCAGUUGAACAAGCAGUUGGUUUUGAUUUUAUUACGGAAAUCAAUAAGUUGAAGGUAAGUCAAAAUUUAGGAGUGAGUAAGUCAAAGGAAAGUCGGGUAAUUCCGAUUGUGCAUACUUCGGCUAAGAGUGGCAAGAAUGUAGUGAGGUUGUUUACUACCCUAUUAGAGACAAUUUUCGAAAAAUCAGCAGAAAAUGGCAUUCUGUAA